AUGGUCGUCAAAGAAAUCAAGUCCUACGACGAGUUCAAGCAGAUCAUCAACGGCUCUAAACCUGUCGGUAUCGGUUCCAAACAUGAAAUUUUGGAAAUAUCUACUGAUCGCUCGAAUCUUCAGGUUGUUAUCGAUUUCUGGGCAACAUGGUGUGGCCCUUGCCGCUUCAUCUCGCCCAUUUUCGAGAAGCUCUCCGAGAGAGAUGAAUUCAACGGCGUAGACUUUUACAAAGUAGACGUCGAUGAGCAGGGUGAUAUUUCUCAAGAAGUAGGAAUCCGUGCUAUGCCUACCUUCAUAUCAUUCAAAGGCGGCGAGAAAGACAAACAGCUUGUUGGAGCACAACCCGGAGAACUAGAGAACGUCGUGAGGUCGGCGGCCCUCGUUUGA